AAUAGCUCUGAUAGGAGAGAGGGAAAAAGUGAAGAAACUCUGUUCAUGGACAGAAUUUUAUUUUGUUUGUCUUUUAUUCCAAAGAUGACAACGGAAAAUACCAACUAUACUUUAGGACAAGAACCUCUGGCUUGGCUAACUUACAUUUUGGAAGAUUAUCGAAACAAUCUGGCAUAUCCAUUGAUAAUGUCAGUGAUACUGAUAAUAUUGUAUUUUCCUUUUGUAGUACAGUUUUCUAUCAUGUAUGUUGGUAGUGCAAUCUGUGCCAUCAGUAAAAUCUAUUACAACAUAUCGGAAGAUGUUACUAAUGAAAAAUGGGACAAGACAAGGCAAAAAAUUGCAUUUCUGUCAGAUAUCAUAGGAAAGAUUUUGCAUGGUUAUGAGAUUUGCGGAAUAGAAAAUCUUCCCAAAGGACCAGCGCUUCUUGUUUAUUACCAUGGAUCCACACCGUGUGAUUAUUACCUUUUUGGAGCGAGGAUCUAUAGAGUCACAGGAAGGUUACCUUAUUCUGUGAUAGACCGUUUCCUGUCCUUUAUACCAGGAUUAAAGUUGUACUUUAAGGUAAUUCACUGUGGCCAUCCCACAAGAGAAGAAUGUGUGGAAAUUCUGAAGAAAGGGCAUCUAUUGGGUCUCGCGCCUGGAGGACUUCGAGAGCAAAACUAUGGAGAUGAGAAUUAUAAACUUCUGUGGGGAAAACGAAAAGGAUUUGCUCAAGUAGCCAUAGAUGCAAAAGUGCCCAUCAUUCCUUUAUUUACACAAAAUAUCCGAGAGGGAAAUAGGACAUUUGGAAAUAUAGCUCCAAUGAGAUGGCUCUAUGAACGAACUCGUUGUAUACUCUUUCCAACAUUUGGAACAUUUCCAGUCAAACUGCGGACACAUGUUGGGCAACCAAUUUCAUAUGAUCCAAAUCUAAGUGCUGAAGAACUAGCUGAAAAAACCAAAAUUGCAAUGGAAGCUUUGCGAGACAAACACCAGAAAAUACCAGGAAGUAUAUUGAGAGCUCUUUGGGAACGCUUUGAGACACAUCACAAAGAUGAAUAGUGUGAACUGCAUGGAUACAGUCUAUCUUCCAUGAUCCUUCGAAACAGCUUUAAAUGGAUUCAGAUGGCUUCAAGUGGGCUCUGGGGAUUUUCCUGCUGUUAUUGCUGAUGCUUCUGUUGAAGCCCUUGUUGCUCUGUGGAAAGCAG